UUUUUUAUUUGAGGGUAUUAUUGACUUUGCAUACAAAGUAAAGAGAAACUGAUGGUGAUAUCAUCAAGUAAAACUCUCAGGUUCCUUACAGAAGAUCACAUUCUAAACCAAAAUCAUUGCAAGCUUUUGGAUUCGUGGUUCUUCAAACAAUGACUCUCUCCCUCCGAAUCGCUCCAUCACCGAUCUCUUUCCGUUACUCUUCGACUUCUCCUACCGCCUCCGCCGUCAAAUUCCGUCCUGUGAAGCAGCACUGCCGGAUCCCAAACUCAAGCGUCGCGACGAAGAAAACCGGAUUCUGUUCUUCGGGCGGUGGUGUUUUUGACUCCGGGAAGAGGAUCGGUUCCUGUGUGGUGAGGUGUAACUUAGAAACGGUGAAUGUCAGUGUCGGUACGGUGACGGAGGUUGACAAGGACACGUUCUGGCCAAUCGUUAAAGCCGCUGGUGAUAAGCUUGUUGUCCUCGACAUGUACACUCAGUGGUGUGGUCCAUGCAAAGUUAUGGCUCCUAAAUACAAAGAGUUAUCAGAGAAGUACCUGGACAUGGUGUUUCUUAAGCUUGACUGUAACGAAGAGAACAAGCCAGUGGCAAAGGAGCUAGGAAUUAGAGUGGUUCCAACCUUUAAGAUCUUGAAGGACAACAAGGUGAUAAAGGAAGUGGUGGGGGCAAAAUUUGAAGACUUACUUGCAGCUAUUGAAGAAGCGAGGUCAGGCUGAGCCUCCUUCUCUCAAUAUAUAUACAUCACUCCCUGCUGUAGAGUAUUAGGAUCAUUCUCCAUCAACAUGUAACUUGGUUUGGCUCUAUGUAUGUAAACUCUUUUGCUAAACUGGAUUCAGUUGUAAUGUAACAGUGUAUGUAUAAAACGCUGGAAAGUUAUGAUAUAUAGUUGAGCUAAAUGCUUUUAUAUAUCAAAAGUUUCAUCAACAAGUUGUUGAUUUAGUUCUUGAUUUGAGGUCAACAAUGUAUUUCCAUUGCACAAGCUUGAUGGCUUAAGGG